AUGUCGACCUCAGUGUUUCAAAUUCUUCUGCUUCUGGCUUCCCUCAAGUUGCAAGCAUUAGGUGCUGCACCUGGACUUGCGAACCCUAACUGUCCUGAAACAUGCGGGAAUCCCUUCCCCUUCGGAAUAGGAGCCGGGUGUUUCUCGGAGGAAUGGUACCAGAUAGUCUGCCAACAAAACAACACGGUUCCCAUUCUGAAGAAGAUUGGAUUUCGAGUUCUCAACAUUUCAUUCCCUGAUAGAGACGUGGAUGGCAUGAUUAAAAUUAGUCAUCCUGUAAUUUACUCAAAUGUAAGCUGCGGCGGUGACGGACGUGCUGCGGGUGUAAGCUUGAAAGGAAGUCAAUUUGUCUUCUCCCAGACAAGGAAUGUCUUUACAGUGGUCGGUUGCGACACCGUGGCCACAGUGAAUACCACACAAUCAGCUUUUGUCGGUUGCAGGUCGAGAUGUGCUGGAACCAACACCAGCAUUAGCUGGACCAACACCAGCAUUAGCUGGAAUACUGCUUGUUCCGGGAGGGAUGGCUGCUGCCAGACUAUGCUCCCCUUAACCUUCAGGGCUUUAGUGUGGAUUUCAAAGAAGAAGGUGGACAUCAGGGGUGCAAAACCAUCAGGAGCUGACCUAAACCAUCAGCUGCACCUCGACCAUCAGAGCUGCAGCCGUUACUGUGCUGAAACAUGCGGGAACGUCACCAUUCCCUUCCCCUUCGGAAUAGGAGCCGGGUGUUUCUUGGAUGACUGGUACCAGAUCGUCUGCCAACAGAACAACACGGUUCCCAUUCUGAAUAAGAUUGGAUUGCGAGUUCUCAACAUUUCACUCCCUGAAAAAGACGUGUAUGGCAUGAUUAAGGAUGGCAUGAUUAACGUUCGUCUUCCUGUAAUUUACUCAAAUGCAAGCUGUGGGGGUGACGGACGUGGUGCAAUGGUAAGCUUAAAAGGAAGUCCAUUUGUCUUCUCCCAGACAAGGAACAUCUUUACAGUAGUCGGUUGCAACGCUAAAGUGACAGUAAAAAUUUCAGAAUCAGCUGUUUUUGGAUGCCAGUCGAAAUGUGCCGGAGCCAACUUCACCAGUAACAAGUAUAGGGCUUGUUCUGGGGGAAACGGAUGCUGCCAGAGUUCGCUCCCCUUUAACCUGCAGUGCUUUGGUGUGGAUUUCGAAGAAGAAAGUGGACAUGAGGAGUGCAAGUACGCUUUCUUGAGGUCUGAUUCAGGUGUUUAUGAUUUGGGAUUGAAUGAUACGGUUCCAGGGGUGUUGGAGUGGGGGAUUGCAAACAAUAACAACUAUGCAGAUGACCUUAUCCAGCAAGGAUACUAUGACUCUAAUGAAUCUUUCUCCUGUACGAGAUUUGAAAGUUUGAGCAGUGAAGGAGAAGGAAGUAUACAUAGAUAUGGAAGCUGCAGCGUCGACAGUGGUGAAAUACUAUUUGUGCAGUGCCAUUGCCGUAUGGGGUAUCAUGGUAAUGCCUAUCUUAUUGGAGGAUGCAAAGAUAUUGACGAAUGUGAUCCAAAGUGGUGCCCCGGGACUUGUGUGUACGAACGGGGCUCCUUUCGCUGCAUCACUGGUGGAAAGACCAAGUUCAUUCUUAUUGGGGUUGGGGCAGGCCUUGGGGCACUACUUUUGUGUCUUGUCUUAUGGGGGCUGUACAAAUACAUCAAGAAGAGACAAGAAAUCAAGCUUAAAGAGAAGAACUUCAAACGUAAUGGUCUUUUGUUGGAAAGUGAGCUAUCUUCAGGCCAUAUCGAGAAAAACAAAUUGUUCAACUCCAAGGAUCUAGAAAAGGCUACUAACAAUUUCAAUGAGGAUAGGAUACUUGGGCGAGGUGGACAAGGUACCGUUUACAAAGGAAUGUUAACAGAUGGAAAAAUAGUCGCUAUUAAGAAAUCAAAAGCAAUAGACGAGGGCAAAGUUGAACAAUUUAUAAAUGAAGUCUUCAUUCUCUCACAGAUCAACCAUAGGAAUAUCGUUAAGUUAUUGGGGUGUUGCUUGGAGACAGAAGUCCCACUUUUAGUAUACAAGUUUAUACCAAAUGGGACUCUAUACCAAUAUUUGCAUGACCCAAAGGAAGAGUAUCAUGUAUCAUGGGACACACGCCUACGAAUUGCAACUGAAAUUGCAGGAGCCUUAUUCUACUUGCAUUCAGCAGCCUCGAUUCCCAUUUAUCAUCGAGAUAUCAAGUCCACCAAUAUCCUUUUGGAUGAGAAAUAUCGGGCAAAAGUGGCAGAUUUCGGUACUUCAAAGUCUAUAUCCCUCGAUCAAACUCAUGUAACCACGUUGGUGCAAGGGACUUUUGGCUAUCUAGAUCCCGAGUAUUUCCAAUCAUGUCAAUUUACAGACAAAAGCGAUGUGUAUAGCUUUGGAGUUGUUCUUGUUGAACUCUUAACGGGACAAAAGCCAAUCUCGUCGGUGAGGGAACCAGAAGGCAGAAGCCUUGCAACCUAUUUCAUAAUUUCAAUGGAAGAAAAUCAGUUGUUCGACAUUAUGGAUGCUAAAGUUUUGAAAGAAGGUGAGAAGGAAGAGAUUGCAUCAGUUGCUAACCUUGCGAAAAGAUGCUUGAACUUGAAUGGGAGGAACCGGCCUACAAUGAAAGAAGUGGCAAUGGAGUUAGAGGGGAUGAGGAAGCUCCCAAAUCCUUUGGGUAUUCAGCAAAAUCAAGAGGACCGGGAGGCAACUAAAUCUUAUGCUACUCCAUGUAAAUCCAACAAGUCAAACAUAGACAAGGAUGUCAUUACAUUUUCAGAUGUGCAGCCAUUCUUACCUAGUGAGACGUGGUGA